UCAGAAACUGAUCAAAUAAAGUUCGAUAAAAACGAAGGUGAAGAUGUCGCAGACAUUCUUCUCUUCCGGGCACGUGAUCACUCCGGCUUCACGUGCCAACACGUCGUCCGCCGUCGGCCUCCACCUUCCGUCAUCAAACAUCCACUUACUUCCGCAAACAAACCACCGGCGGCAACUACGGUUACGGCCACUCACAACCCCUAUCAGAAGCAGUACUAAUUUCUCAUUUGAUCUCAAAUCCGGCACAGGAAUGAGUGGAUUUCAUGAGGUUGAAUUUAGCGUUCGAGAUUAUGAAUUGGAUCAGUAUGGAGUAGUGAACAAUGCAAUCUUCGCAAACUACUGUCAACACGCUCGUCGUCAACUUAUGGAAAAGAUUGGAAUCAAUAUUGAUACGAUUGCGCAAACUGGUAAUGCAGUCGCGUUAUCAGAAUUGUCACUCAAAUACCUUGCACCUCUAAGGAUUGGUGAUAAAUUUGUGGUGAGAGUGAGGGUAUCUGAUACAUCAGCUGCUCGCGUAUACUUUGAACAUUUCAUCGUCAAGAUCCCAAAUGAAGAGCCCAUUUUAGAGGCGCGUGCAACAGUAGUUUGGCUUGACAAGAAUUAUCGUCCGGUUCGUAUUCCACCAGAUGUGAGAUCCAAAAUUGUGCAAUUUAUUAGACAUGAUGCGCCGAAUUGAUGUAUCAUAUCAAAAAGGUUUGACAAACAUUUUUGAGGUAUUAGAUAUUAUUUUUGAUAAGGUGUAAGAUUGUUAUAUUCAAAUCAUGGUUAUUUGUUCUUGAAAGGUUCCCAUGAUGGUUAGAAAUUCUGUUGGAACUUCUGUUA